ACAUCCGGGUGAACGCGGCGUUUCCACCGGUUCAUUUGACAGCACACGGGAGCGAUGCCGCUGGUCGUGAUGUGCGGGUACCCCUGCAGCGGUAAGACGCGGCGGGCGGAGGAGCUGAAGGCUCAUUUAGAGCAGAACCCUGGGAGGAGGGUCCACGUCGUGGGAGACGCGGCGCUGGACGUUCACAGAAACACUGUUUACGCAGAUUCACAAAAGGAAAAAGACGUGAGAGCAGCUCUGAAAGCUGAAGUGGAGAGAAAAGUGAACAAGGAUGACAUUGUAAUUCUGGACUCAUUAAAUUACAUAAAAGGCUACCGCUACGAACUGUUCUGUCUCACUAAACAUGCACAGACGCCGCACUGCCUGGUCUACUGUCUGACAUCAGAUGAGCAGAGCUCCUCCUGGAACGCCUGCAGGCCGGCUGCUGAGCAGUACACGCAGGACAUAUUUGACGCAUUAGUUCUAAGAUUCGAAGCUCCGGACUCAAGAAACCGAUGGGACAGUCCUCUCUUCACCGUCCUGAAGGACGACGUGCCUCCGUUCGAAGCCAUUUCUGAUGCGCUCUUCAAAAGAAAAGCCCCCCCACCCAAUCAGUCCACUCAGAGUCAACCAUUGUCGUCUGUGAACUUCCUGUACGAGCUGGACAAGAUCACACAAGAUGUGUUAAUGGCGAUUUUUAACGCACAGAAGACGAGUGUUCCUGGGGAUCUCAUUCCAGUUCCAGGAGCCACAGAAAAAAUUGAGCUCAGCAGGAGCGUCAACAUGGCAGAGCUGCGCAAACUGCGGCGUCAGUUCAUCAGCUACACCAAGACGCACCCAACGGAGAACACGGGACAAAUCUCCAACAUGUUUGUGCAGUAUUUAAAUAAGAGUCUUCACUGAUAGAGUACAUUCUUGGUUUGCUUUUUUAUUUCCUGUGACAAAUAAAGAUAUUAUUUAAAUGUG